ACCACGAAUGCUAUGGAGACAAAUUGGUCUAUUAGAACGAGAAAGGAAGGCGUCCAAUGACUUCUCUCCUCUUUGUUGGCCAUCGUGACAUGUUUGACAAACAAAAAGGGGCUCCAUUCAAAACAUAACCAAAUAGUAUCAGUGUAGCUAUUUGGUUCUUAUCUCAAGUUAAAUUAAAAUACAUAGUGCAGCGUUGAAUAUGAAAUCGCAAUAAUGAGUGAGAAUGGACUGAAAAUCGCGUUCAUCCACCCGGACUUGGGAAUAGGAGGCGCCGAAAGACUUGUCUUAGAUGUCGCAGCCGCUUUGAAGAGGCAAAACCACAAAAUACUGUUUGUUACCAAUCAUUUCGAUAAGAGCCAUGCAUUUGAGGAGCUGAAAAGAGGGGAGUUUGCUGUCGAAGUGUACGGCGACUGGCUGCCCAGAUCGAUUUUGGGAAAAUGCCAGGCCCUUUGUGCAUAUCUGCGAAUGCUGUACCUUACCUUAGUAUUUGUGUUGUUUUUCAAAGGCCCUGAUCAGCCUGACUUGUAUUUCAUCGACCUGAUUCCCAUAGCAAUUCCAAUUUUGAAGCUGGCCAAGCAAAAGGUGAUUUACUACUGCCACCAUCCAGACUUACUUGCCUCGCCGCCCGGAGGUGUACUGAAGAAACUAUAUCGGAAACCCAUCGAUUGGCUAGAGCUCAAAUCUACAGCCCUCUCUGAUAUAAUUUUGGUGAACAGCAAUUAUACAGCGGAGAUUUUCAGGAAAACGUUCCCACAGAUCGAGAAGCCCAUUCAAAUACUGUAUCCUACUAUUGCACACUCAUUUCAGCGAAGUGUGCAGAAAGUCACUAGAAGAAAACCUAUUCACGAAGUGGUUAAAGAGAUUACAUCCAAAAGGGACGAUUUGAUAGUGUUUUUAUCAGUGAAUCGUUUCCAUCCAGCUAAAAGGCUCGAUUUUGCUGUUGAUGCCAUGGAGAAGCUGAAAUCUUUGUCAACAGACUCGGAAUGGGAAAAGACUUACUGUGUUUUAGCCGGCGGAUUUGAUCCAAUCAAUAGGACAAAUGCGGCUACUUUUGAGGAAUUAUCCCAACUGACAAAAAGCAAAUCUCUGGAACAGAAAAUCAUCUUCCUAAAGUCACCUUCAGAUAGUGUAAAAGUGGACUUGCUGCAUUCCUGCACAGCUUUAUUAUACACGCCACUAAAGGAGCAUUUUGGCAUCGUUCCUCUCGAAGCCAUGCUAGUUUCCAAGCCUGUUAUAGCGAUGAAUAGUGGAGGUCCCCGCGAAACUGUCGAUCAUGGAAUAACCGGAUACUUAUGUGAACCUACCGCACAAAGUAUGGCAGAGUUUAUGCAUAGAAUUAUCAAAGGAAGUGUCAAAGAUAUGGGUGUGAAUGGAAGGAAAAAGCUGGACCAAAGCUUUACACCGCAGAAAUUCGCCAACUGUCUUCGCAGUGUUAUUAAUGAAGCUGUAAACUUUGAUAAAAAACGAAAUUGAUGUUGCAUUUCUAGUUUGUUAACUUAAAUGUAUAUUUACAAAUAAAUGUUAAGGAAACACA